AUGAGCGGCUGGGAUUCAUCAACAGGGGAUCGUUGUCUGGCCCUGCGACCUCUCAAAGAAGUCAAUCCCUCGAAGGAUAAACUAAAAUGUCAUGGUCAUGCCAAUAAAAAACCGAACCAAGCCAUAUUACCGUAUUUGCAACAAGCUGGAUUUGGUGAAGUGAUCAAACUAGGAAACUACAAGAUCGAUGUCGGUUUGAUUACUGCUAUGGUUGAAAGGUGGAGACCAGAAACUCAUACUUUUCAUCUCCCGGUAGGUGAGUGCACAAUAACUUUAGAAGACGUAUACUAUAUUUUAGGAUUAAAUGUGUCUGGUAUUCCUGUUAGCGGUUCAAAUUUUGUGAACAUUAAAGAUGUUUGUCAAGAAUAUUUAGGAGUUAUCCCACCUGAGAGAGCAACAAAAGAUAAUUCUAUUAAAUUAAAAUGGUUCAAAGAUACUUUUGAUAAUGUCGGUGAAAAGGCAUCCGAAUUAGAAAAACAAGCAUCAUGUCGAGCCUAUAUAUUACGUAUGAUUGGAGGAUUGUUGAUGCCAGACAAAUCCAAUAAUCGUGUACAUUUAAAAUAUCUUUCACUCUUGGGCGAUUUAAAUAAAGCAUCCCACUAUAGUUGGGGUUCGGCAGUUUUAGCAACACUCUAUAGAGAAUUAUGCCUUGCUACGAAACCCAACGUAAUGUCAAUGGGAGGAUGUGCAUUGUUGUUGCAAAACUGGGCAUGGUAUCGUUUGAGUUGUGUUGCUCCAGAUGCACCAAGUGCAUGGAUAUUUCCACUUGCACAAAGAUUUAAUUCCGGGGGUUUAAAUUUCACUAAAGUUCCUCACAACGAUAUAGAAGGAUACCAGAAUACAAUCGAUCAUAUGAUGGUUCAAGAAUUUCGUUGGAGACCGUAUCUCGGAUUCCAACACGAGGUACCUGAACAAGAGAUCAACAUUUGGGCUGCAUGUACCUAUCUGCACUGCUAUCAUAUCGUCGAAAAACAUCAUGCAGAUAGAAUCGCGCUUCAGUUCGGCUUUCAUCAACAAAUCCGCAACCUCCAGAAGAUAUGA